AUGAAGUCUCGUGCGAAGCUCAAGAUCCCGGAAUCAGUACAUGCUCCGCCUCUUUCGAGCGACGACGACGAAGAUGAUGGUCCAGCAGUGGGAGCCGAGUUAUCGGCAAAGAGUCAAAGAUCCAGCAAGAAGUCAGAAAUAGCUCUGCCCGAUAUUUCUGAGAGUUCAGGAGACGAAUUAGCACCCAGAGGUAAUAUCCGAGGAACGAAAUUCAGCAGACCAGGAGGAUCUACCGUCCAACAAAGACGGACGGGAAACAAGGGAACAGAGUCUCCUUACGAUGCCAAGAACGAUCGCAGUAAGAAGCGCAGGAUGGGGGAUAUUGGUAACGGAAAACGGACGAGAAAGUCUGAUGUCAGCCUCUCGGACUUGGCUGAACACCCGAAAGAUGAGAGAAUGCUUUCCAAAACAAAAAAGGUCAAGGCCACAUACAAGAGACGACCGAACAGCUCACAAGAGCAAGACACUGGGAAAGCAGGCAAGACUAGUAUCACUUCCCGCGAGUUGCAGGUCCCCGAUUCUCUCACGAGUCCUCGGAAGCAGACGGACCAGUUUCGAACCCCUUUAAGCCCAGAUUAUUCACCGUCCCCAGAUAAGGCCCCUAGUUCGAUCAGAAAAUUUUUAGAAAAUGUAGACAAAGGUGGCGAGGAUUUUCGUGUCCCAAUGGGCUCGUUGGAAAAGUCCUCGAAAAAUUUAGCCGUGGUUAAGAGGCGCUUGAAGAAGAAAAAACAGAAAACGAUACAAAGAUCUCCAUCGCCUCCUCCGGCAGUCUUCAAGUUGCCAGCCUCGAUUUCUAAAGUUGAGCUUCGGACCGAUAAAGGCGAUGCAGCAAGUACCGCUUGGAUAGACGGGGAAUCUGAUUCGGAAGGCGAAGAAGCAGAGUCGGUAAAUCUAGCUGGAAAAAACGCCAUCGAGACAGAGAUGCCCCCCACGGUAUGUCCGUGGUGUGGUGAAUCAGUCGAUAAGAAACUUCUCGACGACUUCUCCAAAGGGAAACGGCUGAACGUGAGGUCACAAACCAAGUUUUGCCAGAAGCACAAAAAGCAGACCGCUACAGAAGUAUGGCGAGAGAGGAACUAUCCUCAGGUGGAAUGGGACAGCUUGGACAAGCGCUUUACCUCGUACCGCAAAUUGUUACUUGACAUAAUCAACGGCGCUGCCUCCCACUUUCGUUCGGUUCACGAGAGGAAUAUAGAAGCUGGAAAAGCCAGAUCCAUGAAAAACGAGGACAACAUGAACCCGGGAUAUUAUGGCCCACGUGGGUUUAACCUGAUGUGCGACUACCUCGUCAACGAAUUUGGCGACUUGCUGAAGAAGAAGGCUGUUGACGACAGGGUGAUUGCGGGCAGGGGGUCGGCGGCUUUCAUUCAAACAGUUCUUGUGGCCGAGUUGGCUGUGCAGCUCAUCAUGGAAGAUAUGGGUGCUUCCGAGGAAGAUGCCAGAGCCAUCAUGGAGGAGAGCAAAGCGGUUGGGGAAUUGGUUCAUGAAGAUGAGUGA